GAAAGCUAAGGGCUCAGGGGCAGAGAGGAUCCACGGUUACUUUCUGAUCCCUAGGCCUACUCUGGGAAGAGCCCCACGAGUGCCCCACACGUAUCCCUGUCCCCUGGGAGGUCUUCGGAGAGAACCAAUCAAGGACGCCAGCCUCAGUUUCCUGCUCCGUGGAAUGGGCGCGGUGAGCUCCCCGAGUGCAGCACUUAACGACCUCGCGGGCCUUGUGUGCGUGCCCUGGCGCCGGACUAUCAGUCUGCGACUGCCAGACCUUGUGGCCAGGGCGUCCUGCGCGCCAGAUUCUUGUUCCCCGCGUUCCUGUCCCUGGAGCGCCCGGGCUCCGCCUCUCUCCGCCUCCCUCCGCCCCCCACACCAAUAAGAAGCACCCCGGCUGCUGCGCGGGACCCAGAGCGCAGCGCAGAUGGAGCCCGCGGCCAGGCGCCAGAGCCGGAGUCGCCAGCUGGUGGCCGCCUUCCUGCGCGACCCCGGCUCGGGGCGCGUCUACCGGCGCGGGAAGCUCAUCGGCCAGGGCGCCUUCAGCCGCUGCUACAAGCUCACCGACCUGUCCACCAGCGUCGUGUUUGCGCUCAAGGUGGUGCCGCGCGGCGGGGGCGGAGUGGGGCGUUUGCGCCCCUCGGGGAAGGUGGAGCGUGAGAUCGCCCUGCACAGCGGCCUCCGCCACCGCAACAUCGUGGCCCUCCACGGUCACUUCGCCGACCGCGACCACGUGUACAUGGUGCUGGAGUACUGCGGCCGCCAGUCGCUGGCCCACGUGCUCAAAGCCAGGCAGACCUUGACGGAGCCCGAGGUGCGCUAUUACCUGCGGGGCGUGGUCAGCGGCCUGCGCUACCUGCACCAGCAGCGCAUUGUGCACCGGGACCUGAAGCUCAGUAACUUCUUCCUAAACAGCAACAUGGAGGUGAAGAUCGGAGACCUGGGCCUGGCCGCCAGGGUAGGGCCAGGGGGCCGCUGCCACAGGGUACUCUGCGGAACCCCAAACUUCCUGGCCCCGGAGGUGGUGUCCCGGCACGGGCACACGUGCCAGUCUGACAUCUGGGCCCUGGGCUGUGCCCUGUACACGGCGCUCACCGGCAGCCCCCCUUUCCCGGAGACGCCCCUCUCCGAGCUGUACCAGAACAUCCGUGCCGCCCGCUACCCGGAGCCCGCCCACCUGUCGCCCAGCGCGCGCCAGCUCAUUGCCCGCCUGCUGGCGCCCAACCCGGCCGAACGGCCCACCCUGGACCAGCUGCUCCAGGACGCCUUCUUCACCCAGGGCUUCACCCCAGAGCGCCUGCCACCCCAUUCCUGCCACAGUCCCCCCAACUUUGCAGUCCCCCCGUCUCUGGAUGGCCUCCUCCGGAAGGUGGGCCGGCUGCUGCUCGCUGAAUGCCGGCUUCCCCACCCUGAGGGGAGCCCACGGCUGGAAGUAGAGGCUGCCAUCAGGAGGUUUCCGCAGUGCCUGGACUCCGGCCCUGAGGGGUCUUGUUAAAUCAACCCGGGCUGGGUUCCAGCUUGCAAGCUUCCUGCCUUGGCCUCCUGAGGACCUGGAAUCAGGCGUGUGUGUCACCGCGUGCAGCUGUGAACUACUCGGAAGUGCUGGGUAGAGGUGAACCCUCCUCUCUGAUGGCACCAGCAUGGGGCAGCUCUUACUUAAGUGUGAAAAUCUCAAAUAAAAUAAAUCAGCGCUCUGCUGCACACAUCGCGUCUCAGAA